AUGUCUUCUGCAAUUGAUAAUCUUUUCGGUAAAAUUGAUGAAAAAAAAAUAGAAUCUGCAGUAGAUAAACUAUUCAGUUCAUCUUGUGGUCCUAUUAAUAAAAUAGAAGUCAAAAGUAAAACCCGUACUGUUCUUCCUGAUUCCAAGAAGAGAGAAAGAACAAUCGAAGUUGAUCGAGAAAGGCUAGAAACAAACAAGUCAGAUGUUUCAGUGGAACAGACUGAAGAAGCUGCACUUCCAAUAAUAAAAAAAGCCAAAAAAGUUAAAAAGGGCGAUGAAAAUGAAGAUUUGGAAGCCCGCUAUUAUGCAAAAUUACUAGAUGAAGGGUCUAAGAAUGAAGAUGAUAAAUUAGUUGCAACAACGAAGGUUGUUGAACCCUCUGCACCAGUGACAUCAGCUGCAAAGAAAGUCGAUUUUAAAGAAAAUGAACUAGAAAAAGCAGAAAGAACUGUUUUCAUUGGUAACAUCUUGAGUACGGUAAUUACGUCUAAAAAGGUUUACAAAGAAUUCAAGAAACUUUUUGGUACAAAUCCAAUGACAAAAGCUGAGGACUCUGACAAUGAGAACGAAGAAGAAGUUCCUAAGAAAGAUAAUUCUAAUCCAUUUGCUAUUGAAAGUAUAAGAUUCAGAUCUAUUUCGUUUGACGAAGCUCUUCCUAGAAAAGUUGCAUUUGUACAACAGAAAUUUCACAAGUCUAGGGAUACAGUAAACGCUUACAUCGUUUAUAAGAAUAAGUCUGCUGUGAGACAGAUCUGCUCGAAAUUGAAUGCUAUCGUUUUCCAAGAUCAUCAUUUAAGAGUUGACGCAGUCGCUCAUCCAUCUCCACACGACAAGCAACGUUCUAUUUUUGUAGGUAACUUAGAUUUUGAAGAAAUCGAAGAAAGUUUGUGGAAACAUUUUGGUUCAUGCGGCGAUAUUGAGUAUGUUCGAAUUAUUAGGGAUUCAAAGACGAAUAUGGGUAAAGGGUUUGCCUAUGUUCAAUUUAAAGAUCUACAAAGUGUGAACAAAGCACUUUUAUUGAACGAAAAACCCAUGAAGUCUCAGAAACACGAAGACGAAGAUUCAAAGAAACCAGUGAAGAAGGCAAGAAAGUUGCGUGUCUCCAGAUGUAAAAACAUGAAGAAGGGUACCACCAUCGGGACCGGCCUGGAAAGAAAUGGUUUGACGGAUUUACAAAGAACCAAAGCUGGUAGAGCUAAGAAGGUUUUAGGUAAGGCCGAUAGAGCUACUCUAGGUCAAGAAAUAACCAUCGAAGGUUUGAGAGCCAAGAAGGGCGAAGGUUCUACCCAUUUGAAGAAGAGAAAACAAAGAUCAGCUACAGGUAGAGUGACGAAGAGAUCGAUAGCAUUCAAGAAAGCUCAAGUUGAAAAGGCCAAGAAAUAG